AUGGCGCCCAAGGUGAGGCGGUGCCCUGGGCGGGACCCCCGGAGCCAUCCGGGGCUACCGCCCGGAAGAGAUAACCUCGCGGUUAUACAAAGGGGCGAGUGUCUCCGGGGUAACCCGGAAGAACUGUUCUACCCCGCAACACACGGAAAGAUACAGUACCCUUCCCAUGAGACCAAAACUGGUGAAAAUAUUAAAAAAUUUAUGAUUAAUGCUUUUACUCAACUUACUGAGAUAGCUGAAGGAAACAACAGUUCAGAAUUGAUGGAUAAUUUAACAUUUGUAACUGACCAAGGAACAAAUAUAAUAAGUGCAUCAAGCAUGAAGUUUAUGAAAAGCUCUGGGAAAAACAGUCAAUUAUCUACAGUCUUGGUUCAGGAAGUCAAGACUCGGUGGAAUACAAGAUUAUUAAUGUUAGAAUCUAUUCAAAGAUCUCUACCAGAAAUUAUUAAAAUCCACGGGGAAUUUUUUUGUCGGUUACAAAAUAUAAAUAGAGACCUUCUUCAAAGUUUGAUUACGUUUUUAAAAAUAUUUAAAAGUGCAUCAGAUGAACUUGAAGUAAAAUAUGCUAACCUUGAGAUUAACAAUCUCGAUGAAGAUGUUGAAGUUAAUAUAGACUCUAUUAUGAAGAUACUGGGGAAUAAAGCAUUGACUAUUCUUGAUAAUAAAUUUCAGUUAAGUGAUGUGCAUGAAAUAGCUGUAUUUCUAUGGCCAAAAUUUAAAAUGCUCAAAAUGUUUUCAGAAGAAAAUGGUGAAAGAAGUCUUAUACUUGGUGACAUAGAACUUGGACUUUUAAAAUUUGAAAUUGAAGAUGGUGAAAAAAGGGCAAAUUCAGUAACAGAAACUAAUAUCAAUUCCAACUCACAAGAACUGACAUCAAAAGAAGCCACCAUGUUUUCUGAAUGGGAAGAUGGUGUAGAUGAAAGAGCUCAGCAAUCAAUAUACAAGUAUAAAAAAGAAUUGGAAAGUUAUAGAGAAGAAAAUUAUGACAUUAGUGAUGACCAAAUAUUAGACUUUUGGUCAAAACAAACAUUACGAUUUCCAUACUUAUCAAAACUUGCGAGACAAAUACUGCCUAUACCAGCAUCCAUUGCCAGCAGUGAGCGCUCUUUCAGUGUUGCUGGUAGAGUUAUAGAGCAACGAAGAAGCUUAUAA